AUGGCCCAUGACGGCAGAUCAGGGUGCACCGCCCGGUUUGACCAUGACGGCAGAUCAGGGUGCACCGCCCGGGUUGCCAGUGCCACAGGAGAUAUUGGAGUUGCUGCUGCCCACACGAGACAGCGAGGACUUGAACUUGAAAGCGCUGCCCGACUGGGCGCCCGGCUCCGAUUUAGACCCUGUGAAGGACAUGUCUCCAAACAGGCACUACCGCGAGCAGGAGUGGCAUUACCGCGACCGGGAAUCCUGCCAAAGCCCUCGCACUUUCCAGGCCAAGGAUGUUUGGCUGUGGAAGUCAGACAAGAAUGCAAGGAAAAUCUUCACGACUCCGCUGCAAGAGAUUGCGGAGCUCUACGAGCACAACUCGUUGGCUUGUCGCGGCCUGCAAGCAGCCUUUCCAUGAUGGAAUCGUGGCUGCUGCCAGCCUCGACAAGCGAGGGACUCCAAAAAACAACGGCAUGUUGCAAAAUGCUGCGGCAGCCACUGGUUCACGACGGCGCAGGCGGCUCCAAAGUGCUUACGACAACACAGGUUUUCACAUCCCCUACCCUAAAUCAGUGGGCGCACCAGUGCGAGGACGCCAGUGGACAGUGUCGCUGCAAAUCAUGUUGCCAGGCAGCCUUGUUGACAGGUUCCCAGCUGUAA